GGUGGGCGGAGCUUCAUCGCCGGCAUAGAGGCAGUUGGCGACGGUUGGGGCCUCCUCAGAGCCUUUUUAAAAUGAAACCGAGUGGGGUUGGGAAUAGCCGAGCACUAGAAAGCGCGCGGGGGCCGACGCGGGGCUUAUAUGCAGCGGGAAGCGGGUCGGGAACUGCUGCCUGUGGCAGUGAGGGCUGGACUUGGAGCAGCAGUGGUGUUGGACUGGCGGUGGCGGGCUCUGCCCUGAGGCGUUAGAAAAGGGAGACGUUCCCCUCCACGGGCGCACGCUCGGAUUGGGGAAGAGCAGGAGGAUUUUUAUUUUUUUAAAAAAGACAUUCAGUUUUCUCAAAUCUGUUUUAAAACUUUACUUUUUAACUUACAAACAAAAAUCCUCAAACUGCCUCUACGCUCACGCAUUUUCGCAUAUUUUGACCUGUUCUCACCUUAAAAGAAUAUUUCUUUUUCUCCCCCCAUAUCGCACCCCUUUAAUUUGGAUUUGGGGGAGAAACUGGAAUAAGUGGCACCUCUCCAUCCUCAGUUCUCCCGAAGCAAGGGGGAGAACUAAAAAAAAAAAAUUAAAACGUUUCUUUUGCUUCCUCUCGCUUCCUGAGAGGGGAGUGGUUUUCCUUGAAGAGGAAGCCAUCGAGUUAUUCUUAAAGAAAGCCCCCCCCUUUUUUUUUCUAUGUGCUAUGGGCGGUUAAGCUUUAUUUUGUGGUGCGCCGUUCUAUUUAUUUAAAACAACAGACGCUCACAAAGAGGGAUCCCAGACAUCGGCCAUCUACCUGUUUGUCAUCAUGUACAAUACAGUUUGGGAUAUGGAUCGCGAUGACACGGACUGGAGGGAAGUGAUGAUGCCGUAUUCUACUGAGCUGAUAUUUUAUAUCGAAAUGGACCCACCAGCUCUUCCUCCAAAGCCCUCCAAGCCAGUAAAUACAAAUGGGAUAAAAGAGAAUUCCAGUUCAUCACUACAGGAUGCGGAAUGGUACUGGGGAGACAUUUCAAGGGAAGAGGUAAACGACAAAUUACGAGACAUGCCGGAUGGAACAUUCUUGGUGCGGGACGCAUCAACAAAGAAACAGGGAGACUAUACACUGACACUGCGGAAGGGUGGCAACAAUAAAUUGAUAAAAAUUUAUCAUCAGGAUGGGAAAUACGGUUUUUCUGAUCCAUUGACUUUUCAUUCUGUUGUGGAACUGAUUAACCACUAUCACCAUGAGUCUCUUGCCCAGUAUAACCCUAAACUAGAUGUGAAGCUUAUGUAUCCUGUAUCCAAGUACCAGCAGGACCAGUUGGUAAAAGAAGAUAAUAUUGAUGCUGUGGGGAAAAAGCUUCAGGAGUACCACACUCAAUAUCAAGAGAAAAGUAAGGAAUAUGACAGACUAUAUGAAGAAUACACCAGAACAUCACAGGAAAUUCAAAUGAAGAGAACAGCAAUAGAAGCUUUUAAUGAAACAAUUAAAAUAUUUGAAGAGCAGUGUCACACCCAAGAGCAAUAUAGCAAAGAAUACAUUGAACGAUUUAGAAGAGAAGGAAACGAGAAGGAAAUUGAAAGAAUUAUGAUGAAUUAUGAAAAAUUAAAAUCACGUCUGGGUGAGAUCCAUGAUAGUAAGCUGCAACUGGAACAGGAUUUGAAGAACCAAGCACUGGACAACCGGGAAACUGACAAGAAAAUGAACAGUAUCAAACCUGAUCUUAUGCAGCUGCGCAAAAUUAGAGAUCAGUACCUUGUCUGGCUUAAUCAUAAAGGAGUGAGGCAGAAACGAAUAAAUGACUGGCUUGGAAUAAAAAAUGAAAACUUUGAUACAUACUUUACAAAUGAGGAGGAUGAAAAUCUGCCACAUUAUGAUGAAACAUCUUGGUUUGUGGGAGAUAUCAAUCGCAUCCAAGCAGAAGAUAUGCUUUGUGGGAAACCUGAUGGAGCAUUUUUAAUUCGAGAAAGUAGCAAGAAAGGCUGUUAUGCUUGUUCUGUGGUAGCUGAUGGCGAAGUUAAACACUGUGUGAUUUACAGCACUCCAAGAGGUUAUGGGUUUGCAGAGCCAUAUAACCUAUAUAGUACCCUUAAAGAAUUAGUUCUUCAUUACCAGCAUACCUCCCUUGUCCAACACAAUGACUCCCUCAAUGUUCGACUUGCUUAUCCUGUCAACGCACAGAUGCCCUCCCUCUGUAGAUAAAUUCUAGGAGGGUGAAGUAUAGGUGAAGUGUUGGUUCUCAGAUUUCUUUUCUACAGUUUUUACUAAAACCCAGAGGGCAUUCUUUCUCCUUAAGACUGCUUGUUUUGCACAAGAAAUGAUUUGAUGAAUGUGAAUUGGAGACCUAGCAGCAACAAAAUAAUAGCUUUGGGGUUGGUGCCCUGGUGCUACCUGAAGAUCAGCUAUGUUUUUAUAUAAGGAAACUCUCUCAUUUUCCCUGUAAGGAACAUGUUAACUGUUUAAAAAUACAUACAGAAACAUCUAGAAGCAAAACUGCGGAGAGAACAUUUUUGCCAGGCACCAUCAGCGGAACUUCUACUUGGAUUUUGUUUUUCUGAGGUAUUGGUAAUGUCUUUCAGUCUUAAGCUCCAGGAAAAUGUGGGGAAAGUCUCUACUCCAGAAGCUUUUCCUUGUUAAUUUUAGCAGCUUUGCUGCAAGUCAGACAAACUUAAAAAUGAGGGCUCAUCUUGAUGUAGCAUGGUAUUUGGUGAGAGGAGACCAAAGGAAUUAUAGGGAGAGUUUCAGGUUCUUAUUUAAAGAAUAUCCUCAAGGAAAUAUUGCUUUAUAUUUUACCAACAUAACAAAAUUUUGGUUUCAACAGUACUAUAGGUCUUCAAAUAAAAGAAACCAAAUCUGAACCCACCAAAACUUGUUUCAUUGCUAGAUUUAGCACUUAUGGGUGGGAGGGGGGAGAUUGCAUUUGCAAUCACACACUUGCCAAAACUUGAAGAGAGAAACAAAAGCUAAAACUUCCUGUGUAGUUUUGAAAACUCUCACCUGACAUAACUGCACCAGUUUUCCCCCUUAUUACUUUUAAAAUGUGUUUCCUUUCUUCCAAGGAUGUCAGAUUCUGUUUUUAAAAAAUACUAAGCUUUGAAAUGUAAACCAGAAUGAAGCUGGCACUUGGCAUGUUUAUAAGAUACUAAGCAAAGAAUAUUCUGUUUAAAAAUGUUUGUUUCUUUUUAAAAAAAACAACAACUUUAAACGUGCAAUGGAUUGCUUCUCAAUGGCUUGCAAAACCAAAAACAAAAAAACCCAUAGGGUGCUGUCUACAUACUGCUGAAACAUACUGCUAUAAAACUGUAUUUGUAAUGCAUUUGGAUUGUACCCUAAAUCACUAAUUCCAUUGCACAGGUUAUAUACCCUUAGAAUUCAUUGCUGGCUUACCAUAAGACAAAUAUUUGGAUAGCUGAAUUCAGUGGGAAUAGUCAAGAUAUAAAGUGGUAGAAUCUAUCAGUAUGUAAACAGCUUUGCUUGGACUUCUGCCAUCAUCAGAUUCAUCUGGAUUAUAUCUAACAUAAAAUAAUGAAAUUCUAACAAAUAGUGAGAACUGGAUCCAUUAGACUGAGAAUUUGUGCUCCUAAAAUGCUGUAUUUAACUUUUGUUGUCACUACGCAUAUUCCCUUGUUGAUUUGUUGUAAUUUCUAAAGAUUAUAUUUGAGCUAAAACACUUGCUUACACAACAAGGACAAAUAGGUAGAUUCAAUAUGAUGUCUUUCCUUUUUCUGUGUAGUAUAGGAAGUGCAUGCGAGGGAGCUGGGACAUCUGGAUCUUUUCUGGCUCCAUCCUACCUUCAGUGCCACCUUGAACCCCCAGACUGUUAGAUUCUAAUGUUUACACAAAGCAGAAUGCACUAUAAGGGAGCAUAGAAGUAUUAUGCAGAAUAUGAAAUUGCUGAACAGGAAAAUGAUAAAUCUUGAGCACUAAGCAGCUGGAGGGGCCAUACUAGAUUGCUUGACAUGUCCCAAAAGCACUUGUUUUGCACUAAACUACUGCCACUUAAGCUAAGUGUUGGUUACCAGCGGGAACAUGAACUUCUACAAAUGGAACGGUGGUUGUCAGAGGAACCAUCCAGUCCUCAAAUUUAUGAGAAGAUAGUGAAUGACCUAAUGUGCUAUAAUCUCUUAAGUCCCUCUUUCCCCAAGCCUUCCCACCCCAUUUCCCCUUUAGCCACGAGUAAUAUGCUACUUUCAUCAAGUGUGGCUCUGGAUUCUGCCAGUUUUCAGAGCAGCAGGGUGAGACUUUUGUACCCUCCUCUGCAUGGAGGCCUGACCAGUUUGCACAUUCUAAUUUGAUACCUGCACAUUGCCUAAUGCUACUUUGUAAUUAAAUUAGCUUAGGCUACAAAAGUCUGUUCUGACUUAUCCAAAAUCAGGGAAACUUUUCCAUGCCCCCCAAUAAAUUGCUAUAUUUUAAAGUAUCAAACAAUGAACUAAUUGGCAAUAUAAGGUGGAGUCACACAACACACACACACCCUUACUGUUCUGGAUACUUCAUUGGGUUUUCCCAUAUAAAGUCACUGGCUUCUGUUUUUCUGUUUGGAGUAUCAAUAAAUUCAGAAUCGUAUGUUUCCUUUCAGCUUCAUAUUUUAAAUUUUCCAAUUAACUUUAUGUGCACUUCAUCUUAAAAGGAACUUUGAUUUACUUCUCUUUAAAUUGGCACGUUCUGACAUACUUUAUUAGAACUGUGAGCAAAUUAAACAUAUAUGUAGCUUUCUGAUUGUCUGCAUUUGGUUUGGGGAAAUAAGUAACAGCUGAUGGUGUUGUCCAUCUGGUUUUCACAUGCCUUUGCACUCUUGCAUUAGCCUUUUUUGGAUGGAUUUGGCAAGUGAAAGAUCAUUUUGAAGUCAAAUGAAAGUUCAUAGAAAGAACGUUCUACUACCAUCAUUCAGCUUCUGUCCAUUUUUCUUGACGUAAUGUUCUUGCUAGUUUUUCACACACAUCAUGUUUCGCAUGAGUGAUGCUUAGCUCACCCUAAGUGGCAGUAUUCCUACUUUCCAUGGCUCACCUUUUGAUUAUUAUGAUCACCCUAUAAGCAGAACAUGCUAUCUUUGUACAAAUGCAGAAGAGAAUGGCAAAAUGGAAGAAGCUAAGUGGAUGAAUGUUUUUUUAAAAAGCCAAUGAGUUAGGCUUGCUUUUGUAGAAUACUUUUUUCAUCUGCCAGCAGUUAGUUAUAUUGAUCUCAGUGACCCAAUUAUGUAGAUUUUUUUUCACAGUGUUAAACAGUAAAUUGGGUGGGGAGAAAGUUUCUUGCUUAAUAUGUACAGUUUAUCUGAAGUGUAUUUGCAAGGAUUGGGGGUGAUUCAGUAGUUUGCUUUCUCACAACUAGAAAACUAUCUCCUUCUGCAGUCACUACGGUAAUUGCAAUGUACAAUAGAUCAGCCAAGAAUGAAAAGUAAUUCAAUUGCCAGUACUUCUGCAGACUAAUUUCUUUGCCAGUCACUCUUCAUAAAAACAAAUACAUAGGUAUUGAGAAAUUUCAGGAAGAGUUAAUACAGAGGGUACAACAUUGUUUUCCCUCUGCACUUACGUUGUACAAAGAAGUACUUGAAUCUCCUGUUUACUGAGGUAGGAAUAAAUCCAGCAUCACUGUGUUUUCUAGUCUGUGAGCCAGAAAUCCAUGGUAGGUAUCCGCAAAUGCAUGCAUGUGCACACUGGAGCUGCUUGUUUCCCUCUCGCCAAACAACAGUUCUUUGCACUACUUCAGAUAUUAGUUCUGAAAUUCCCCUGGAUUUCAAAAGUGACUUGUCAAGCAAUGUGGAGGAUGCAAACAUUCAAAUGCUCCUGCGCAUAUAUACAGCUGGUUAUGCAACACUUAGGAUCAUAGCCUAAAAUGAAAAAGCAGGGGAUUAGCAAACAAGAUGUUCUAAUCUGGAUGCCCAGGUUUAUGUUUUCUACCUCCAGUCACUGAAUUCACUUGCAGUCCAUAUACUUGCAAAUAAAUUGGCAUGCAAAAUCUCUUCAAUCCCAGUACUACUACUAUAUCUGUAGGUGUUUGGAUAAAAGUAAGCAUAUAUGUGAACCAUGCAGAUGUAUGAGACAGCCAAAGGCCACCCUGCGCAAGCUCAGGAAUAGGGACAGCAACAAUUCUUCAGCCUCUUUCAGAGCAGGCAGACAAUACUGUAGAAGCCAACGUGGACACAAGUAGUGCUAUAUUAAGGGCUUGACGUGGUUUGCUUUUGUAAUUAUGCUGUCAGUUGGAAAGCCAUGACAACAUAGUAAACUUCAUGUUUGGCUAUCAUAUUUCCAAGUCUCGAAAAGCCCCUUUUUUGGUACUUGAACAAUGUUAUUUCUGUUUGAAUGUGUGGUUUUUGUUUUUGUUUAAUUCACGCUAACGGAAUAAAAAUCUGAAGUGGUAGCACGUAUUGUGUGUAUGCAGAUAUAAAACAUAACUUUUUUGUGAGGUGACAAGUUAUAACUGCAGACCCGGGUAAGCAUAUUGUAUGUUCAAGGUUUGUUUUCCUUCUACCUGUUUUUCUUUUUAAUGUGAAUCCAUAAAUAUCUGCUUAAUACCUUGGGAAGUUUCAAUAUAUUCCUGAAGUAAAGAUUUAGAUCCAAUAUUUGUUUCACCCUUUAAAAAUACUUGCAUUUAGAAGCAGUCUGACUUGGCAUUUUAGCUUCCUGAAACCUCCAUUUUCUGAUGUGCGGCAAGAUUUAACUAUACUUUUAGACAUGAACUCAGUUUUUGUUUUCUUUAAUAAGAAUUACUUUUUUAUGAAAAAGAUAGUAUUCCAGAACUGAAGUGUUUUAAGACAUUGCAGUGGAAUGUUUUGGGCUAGGAUGUACAUCUUAAAAUAAAUGGGAUAAUGAUUUGUCCAAGGUCUGGUAUCAGCAGUGGACAUACUCAAGCAGUUGUUGGGGCCCACACCAAGGCAGCUUACCCGUAUCCAGAGUCUGCUACUGCUACUCUCAUAGGCUGCAAUCCAUGUCUACUCAGAAGUAAGCUCCAUUGGGUUCAAUGGGAUUUACUCCCAGGUGUGUAUUGGAUUGCAGCCUUUGUCACUGACACCUUCCCACUCUUCUUUUCUCUUCCCUUCCCCCCCCAACUGCUCCCUACCUGCUUUAGGAGACCCAGGGAUGUGUGGAUGCGCACUGCACCACAGCCUCAUGACUCCCCUUAAGGUGGGAGAGCUGUUUCCUGUCACCAUAGUGACCUUGCUUCAUCCAAGUUGACAGGGAAAGUGCAUCCAACAUGUAGGCAACUGAGGGGAAACCUGUCGCUACAUCUGCCCACUGCUAUAGUAAUUAGGGGACUCUUUUCCAUCCUAACAUGUCUUAGUUGUUCUAUCUCCUUGCUAGAUGAUGACAUCUUGAGAAAUCCUGCCCUCUCCUUCCUGUCCACUGGGCACUAGUCUCCCAUAUUCUUUGCCCUACAGCCAUCGCAAUCUGCUCCUAUCCCACAGCGAGAGAAAGGUGAGCAGGAGGCACUUUGCUGCUGCUUCCUGCUAUUAGCCAAUGGCAUGGAAGGGAUGGAUGGACCCAACUCCGACCCUCAUUUUCUGUUGGAUCUUGCCUGAGAGGCCUCCACAAACCUGGAUUAGGCAUUAUAUAGCCCCUUCUCAUGAUACACCUGCAGAAUAGAACAAUCUCCACAUAUCCCCUGCCACAGUGUUUGUCUCUACCUAGUUGCAAGCCACUAGCAGGAAUAUUUGUCAGUAGGAUAAAGAUACACCACACCAUACAUUUAAAUUCUCUUGGAAAGGUGCAUACAUGUACACACACCACUCGAUCACUCUAUAUUAUGCAGAGCUAUCCUAACAGUUAUAGAGUGACUUUAACAUAAGAUGGCAGAUGUACAAACAGUUGUAUUGCUGUUUGUAAGCCCCAAGACAGAAGAAUUCCAGUGAAGCCUAAAAAGUGAAAAAAUUGUUUGAGAAGUAGCACUGUGGGCUAAACUAGACAAGAUGCUAGAAGGUCCAUGAGCAGAUUGCAUGCGUGUGUUGUUUUUUUCAGUCAUAAGCAACUGGAGAGAUAGUGCAGUUGGAUUGCAUAAGUGGCUUUGGGGGAGUGGGUGUUGAACCCAUGGCUGGCUCCAGGCAUGCCGGGGCCCUUGGGCAUCAGCUUGCCCUGAGCCCUGGCAUGUGCGCACGCUCGCAGCCCCCCCACCUACCUGUCUCCUGUCUUUUAUCUUUGUCCUUAAUGAAGAUGGCGGCCGUGGUUUCCCUAAGGGGAUGAAGCCUCCGCCACCAUCUUUGUAGAUGGCACACGUGCGUGCUAUGCACAUGCAUCUCUGCCAUCAACUAAGAUAGUGGCAGCAGCUUCAUUCCCUUAGGGAAGCCACGGCCCCCAUCUUCAUUAAGGGCAAUGCUAUAAGGCAGGAGACAGGUGGGGCAACGGAAUGGCGGGCAGGCGGAAGCUCCUGCCCUGUGAUCCGUAGAUGGUGCUGCGGAUCUCGGAAGGGGAGUGGAGGGCCUCUCAGGUUCCUGUAGCUCCGGGGCCCUUGGGCCAGUGCCCCAUAUGGCCGCCCUUUGGAACCAGUCCUGGUUGAACCUUUAUUCUUGUGCCAUCUUCAUGAUCUAAAUCACCAUCCUGAAGCUACUUGGUGUGUAGAGGGAAAUAUUCAUACAACUGGGUGCUUCCUGUAUAUUCACUCCGCAGCCCCAUGGGGGAAAUAUUAAGUAUGAGAGAUGAUUUAGAUUUAGAAGAAUACAGGGUGAAAGGUUAAACACUCCCAGCCUGAUAAGGGUUUGCUUUGAACUAAAAACACACAGGAGAUCUGAUCUGAUCUCAGCAACCUGUUACUUCAGCCCUGAGCUAAAAGCUUUGCUUGGUUGGAAUAUGUUUUGACUCAACACUGACUAAUAAAUAAUGAACAUUUAUCAAAUCUGAUGUUCCAAUCAGUUUGUGACUUCGAGCACUAGUGUUUUGGGCUGGCUCCAUUAUUUUAACACAGAUUCUUUGUACUAUACACCAUUCUUCAGCAACAUCCCUUGCUCCUGUCUUAUUGUUAAUGCAUGUUUUCCUUUUGGCUUGGAACUUGAAAAGCUUUAUGAGGUAUUUGUAAGCUUGUUCGGAGAGUGUGUCUCAUUGAUUCAGUGAGUAUUGCAUGUAGCAAUGGCUCUUAGUUAAAGUCUACUCUAUUUCACACUUCUUCGUAUCUUAACUAUAUCUAUAGGAGCCUUGCACUUCUCUCCAAUCAGCGUCUCGGGGCACUUUUUAACUUUUGGAGAAGUGUUGUACUGUAUAGAAACAUUUAAAAACAUUUUCAAGGUUCAACAUUCUCCCCUUCAUCAUAGGCCUAUUACUUUCGGUGGUGUUGCACCCUUGUAUGCCAGCCAACUGCAUUGUAUUUCUUGAAGUGCAGAGUGUUUGGUCUUUAUGGUGACUGACUAUAAAGAAAUUUGACUCUAUUUUGUUAAGUUUUGCCAGUUUACAGCACCAUGGGAUUGUACUGGUCUGCAACGUGUGUGUGUGUGUUUGUAUGUAUGUACUGUAGUAUAUAGAUAUAUGGAAAAUAAAUUCACAUACACAUCUAAUAUUCAUUGGCCAUAAGUGGCACUGGCCCUUUGAAACUCCAAAUUCAUCAUUUGCACUUGCUUUACUCACCCCACAAUAUGAAAGUUGGGAUCAUUUUUGUUCCCCCCUCCAAAAAAGUGGGGCUCCUCACUAAUAUUUCUGAUGUGCAUUUAAAAUUCCAUUUUAAUGUUUUCCUUAUUUGCUUCAAGAUAAAGCAUUAUAGUUUAUUGAAAGCAAAGUGAUUGCAUUUUAUAUAAACUUCAUUUCCUUUGAGAUGCAGUAACAUUUGCACAUUUUAAAAAUAUGGGAAAACCCCAUCUAGAACUAAUGUGCAAAGGAGAAUAAUAGCAUUACUCACUGUGUAUGGAAUAAUGAAUGAGGAGGUAGUUUCAUUUUGUAUUGAGGUGUACCAGGACUGUGCACUCCUUUUGCACAUCCCGCACAUGAACACUACAUUAUUGGAAAUGCAUUUUGGUUUUCCUUUUAAGGGAUGCUAUUUGUCAAAGGUUUGCUUCUCAUGGAGCAAUGGGAUUUGUUUUUGCUUUGUUUUGUUUAAUAUAAAUUCCAGCAUGUAAGUUUGGUAGUCUUGUUGGUAUGUAAAACCUGUUCUUCUGUCAUUUUAUGGUGUAGUCAAAUUUAUGUAGUUUAACCUUUAAAAAGAAACUGCUUCAUGAGGAAAAACAGUUGUAUGUUAGUCAUACUGUAGUUUCUAGAUGAGUAAUGCAACAUUGUACUUGUCACCAAAUGUGCUAUGAUCUUACUGUAUGUUUCUAUUUUUUAAAUAGGUGGUUGAGCUUUGGAAUCCCAGACACUAAGCAUUCUGGCCUACUUUGCUUUAGAAUAAAAUGCAAUAAAAGAUUGCAAUAAAGCACAUUUACAUGUAAUGUUUUAGAAGGAUGUACUGACCGCUGUUUCUAAUAAACUGAGAAAUACAGCUUAGCUGGUAUG